AUGUCCAGCCCUGACAGCACAGUUUCAGAGGGAGAGAAGCUGAAUCUGGUUGUGUUUGGAAGUGACGGGGCAUUAAAGCAUCUAUUUCACAGACUUCAUCUUCACAAUAAACUGAGAGCUGCAGAUGUUCUUCAGAUAACCGCACAUUCAUUACAGUCACAUGAUUCUUGUGUUGAAGAAGAGCUGAUUCAAACUUUCACACACAAACUACUGAUGAUGAACUACAGAGCAAGAUAUAUUAAAACUAAAGACGCACAACAAAAAGACAAAGACUCAUCUGAAGAUGAGUUUGAUAUGUUUGAUGUAAUAUUAAUGUCAGACAAAGAAGACAGUCAAUCUGAACUCAUUCACCCGAUGGAUGUUCAGAUGGCCGUAUUUCAUUCUGCUGAUGUUCUCCUGAAGCAGCUGAUGGUCACUAAACUGUCCCAGUGUCAGUACGCUCUGCCUCUGCUUGUUCCUGAUCUAUUCACACAACAGAUUGAGUUUCCUCUCUGGACAUUCAGACAAAUCAGCAAGAGCUGGAAGAAGAGAAACACCAACAAUGAAAUCAUCAGUCGAAUCCAGCCGAUCUACAAGGCAGAAACUCCAAUGGUGUUUUUCUUCAGGUUUGGCUCUGUGUCUUCAUCCAAGUCUCAGCUGAUGAACAGUCUGAUCAAUGAGAAACACAACACGUUCUUCCACAGGAACUGCCCAGGCAGCAGCAGAACCAGAGUCCUGAUGGAGGGAGUGGUGGAGAUCGCCUGGUUCUGUCCGUCUGGAUCAUAUGAUGAUAAAUUCACGGACUGUGUUGCGUUCUGUAAUCUACACGGUGAUGCAGGAGACCAUGAGAAACAGCUCCAGAUCCUCUCUGAAAUGGCCUCAGUCAAUGUUGUUCUUCUACCACGACUGGACAGGAAUGACAAACAUGCUGCAAAGAUCAAAAGCCUGUACAAGGACAGAAAGCCACUCAUUUGUCUAUUUACUGAGGAUGAAUCUGCUGUAACUGGGAUGCGAAAAGGAAAAUACAAAAUUGGUUUGAAAGACAGAAAUCAGUCAGAUGUAUCUGAAGAACUCAGAAGAGUCAUAAAUGUUUGAACAGUCUUGAAACUGAAAGAGAAUCAUGAUAAAUCUGAACAACUCAAAGCUGAACAACCUGAACUUGAGAGAAUAUCUGAGGAUCUUCAAGCUGCAGGCUUUGGUUUGGAGCACAUCAUGAGAGAGAUCGGUCAGAUCUAUGAAUCAUGUUCAUCUGUGAAGAAGCAAAAGAAAGACCAGCAGUUUGACUUCUCUUCUCUCCCGAGUCUUGCCGCAGAGAUGAUGAUCUCUGGAUUUCCACUGGAGCUGAUGGAUGGAGAUGCUGCUCAUGUUCCUCUGGUCUGGAUCUCUGCUGUUAUAGAAGAACUCAUCCAGAAACUGGGAGACCAGAGAGUCUUUGUGUUGUCAGUUUUAGGGAUUCAGAGCUCUGGGAAAUCCACCAUGCUGAACGCCAUGUUUGGGCUCCAGUUUGCCGUCAGUGCUGGCAGAACAACCAGAGGAGCUUUCAUGCAGCUGGUCAGAGUCUCAGAUGAGAUGAAAACACAGAUUAACUUUGACUAUAUUCUGGUCGUUGAUACUGAGGGUCUUCGUGCUCUAGAACUGGCUGGAAGAUCAACAAGACAUCAUGACAAUGAAUUGGCCACAUUUGUUGUUGGUCUUGGAAAUCUGACAUUGAUCAACAUCUUUGGAGAAAACCCAUCUGAGAUGCAGGACAUUCUUCAGAUUGUUGUUCAGGCCUUCAUGAGGAUGAAGAAGGUCAGGCUGAAUCCCAGCUGUGUGUUUGUGCAUCAGAACGUUUCUUACUUCACAGCUGGAGAGAAAAACAUGGAUGGAAGGAGACGACUGCAGGAGAAACUGGAUGAGAUGACAAAACAUGCUGCUAAAGAGGAAGACUCUGAUGCAGAAUGUUUCAGUGAUGUCAUUGGAUUUAAUGUUCAGAAUGAUGUGAAGUAUUUCGCUCAGCUCUGGGAGGGUAGGCCACCCAUGGCACCACCAAACCCAAGCUACUGUGAGAAUAUACAAGAACUAAAGAAGACUAUUAUGUGUCAUGCCUCAAACUCACAUGGCAUAAAGCUGAUAGACCUAAAAUAUCGUGUUAAAGAUCUCUGGGAGGCUUUACUGAAUGAACGAUUCGUCUUCAGCUUCAGAAAUUCUCUGGAGAUUUCAGCCUACAGGAAACUGGAGACCGAAUACAGCAAGUGGACCUGGAGUCUUCGCAGUGCCAUGAUGGAAACUGAGAACAAACUACACAACAAAAUAGAAAAUGAAGCAAUUCAUGAGGUUAAGGAAACUGAUCUUCAAAGAGAACUGAAGAAGACAAAUGAAGAUGUGAAAAAAUCUAUGGCAGAAUUUUUUGAGAAAGACAAAGAUAAAGAUAUACUGAUUCACUGGAAAAUAUCAUUUGAAAACAAAAUCAAAGAGCUUCAGGAAAACAUUGUGAGAGAAACAAAGAGGAAGUUAAACAAUAUUAUUCAGCAGCGAGAACUGAUGAAAAAGAUUGAUGCUCAGAGGAAACAUCAUAAAAACAGUCUCAAUGAAAAGAGCAAAGAACUUGUCAUAAAACUAAAAGACAAAGCAAAUGAUAAAGAAACGCUGAAGAACGAGUUUAAUUUGUUUUGGAAACAGUUGAUGAAAACAAUCAUCACAGACAAUCCUCCAAUCAGAGACAUUGACAUAAUGAGAGAUGUGAGAGAGAUCCUCAGUGACAUCUGUGAAAGUGCACCUGUAGAUCACUGGGGGGAGAGAAGGGAUAUUUUCUCUGUGCCAAGAUAUUCUGAUUAUGUUCAGUUAAAGAAAUCCAGUGAAUUUAUACAUGCUGUGGGAAGAGACAUAUCAGCUAAAAAGACACUUGGUUACAUUUCAUCUCUACAGGAUGAAUCCCAAAUAAGAUCAUUAAUCACAGAUGUUUAUCUGCAGACAGAGAGAAUUAUUCAGUCAUUUAACAUUUCAAAGAUGGGCUACAACAUCAGCUAUAUUCAACAGCUCACAGAUUACAUCAAUGCAAGAGUGACACAACAUCAGGAAGGACCAGUGAAAUAUAUCUUCAAGAAUAAAUUCUUCAUGGAUUUGGUUUACUCCAUCUGUAAGAGAGCAAACAAGAUUAUCACUGACCAACACAGACAGUUCAGGGAUGCCAAUGAUCCUGUAAUAUAUGUUGAGAAGAAGAGAGAAGAAUACUAUAGUAUUUUCCAGAAAUACUGUCAUGGAGCAAUAUCAGCUGCUAAUUUUGGUGAGAUCAUCUGUCAGAAACUGAAAGAGCCCAUUGAGCAGAGCGUCUACAAGAAGACCGCCAGAGAUAUGACAGAUGAAAUGAGAGCAAACUGUGAGUCACUGAAUGGAAACAGAUCAAAUCUGGAGAAACACAUCCUGAAGACACUGGCUGAAGAGGAGGAUUUUAACAAAUACAUGAAGUACAUUCAUAAUCCCAGAGAUCACUUCAAGAGGUUCAUCAGAGAUGAGGUCAGUCGUUACAUCACUAAUAAGUUCAGUGUCAGUGUUUUACCCAAGAUGAAGGUGAAAAUUAAACUCCUGCAGCAGAAGAUAAUAAAAGCUGCACAUGAAUCCACUGAAUAUGUUCAAGAGAACAGAGGAGAUGUUGGCUUGUGGUUGAAGAGUUUCACACAGGAGCUCUCAGAUGAGCUGAUCUUCUCUGAAAAAGACCUUAGUGGAGUCAAACAUGAUGAUGUUGAUGAUUUCAGCCUCCUAGAAGAUGUGAUAAGACAUGAACUUACUGCUAUAAUGACUGAAAUCAGCAGUAGAUUCAACACAGAGUCAUUUCCAGUAAAGCUGGAGAGUAAAUUCAGGCCAGAUGAGCUUCUAGUUGAACACUUCUGUCAGUGCUGUUGGGUUCAGUGUCCGUUCUGUAGAGCCGUCUGCACCAACACCAUGGAAAACCAUCAUGGAGAUCACAGUGCUCCUUUCCACAGAGUGUGGGGAAUCAAUGGAACAUAUUACAGUUCAACACCGAAUCUCUGUCCUAAUAUUUGCACAAAUUUAGUAGCAAGUCAUCAGGAUUUUAAUACACCACAUGGAAGGUUUAAAUACAGAGAAUACAGAAGUGCAGGAGGAGUUUAUGCAGACUGGAGCAUCAGCCCUGAUCUCUCUGAACUGCCCUACUGGAAGUGGUUUGUGUGCAGAUUUAAGAAAGAUCUGGAAAAAUACUACAGUAAAACAUUUGAGGGGAGUGGUGAGAUUCCAGAUGAAUGGAGAAAAUACUCUAAACAUGAAGCAAUUGAGAGUUUAGAUAAAUACAUGUAAUGGAGCAG